CAAAUCCAACCAACCCUAACUCAUCUAACUCGGAGGCGACUCACCUCCUCCAAUAUCUUAUAGCGAACCAGCUCUGAGAGACAUACACACAGAAUUUUAGAGAGAGAGUUUCUACAAAGCCAAAUUCUAGGGUUUAAACCUUUUUCGAAUCAAUCUCAUAAUAGGAAUUGGAUAUUGGAUAUAGGAAUCCGCUCGUGUUUUUAUGCAGUGGGAAAAUAGGGAUUGAUAGAACAAUGGAUGAGAUCUGGGAGAGGGCGGUGGAAACGGCCUUGGACGGCCAGACGGACGUCGAUUUGGUCCGGACGUUAACGCUCGACGGCGCGGUGAAGUGCGUCCACGGCCGUUUGCCGCCGCCGUCGCUCUUCGAGAAGUUCCACAAUCUCCAGCACCUGUCUAUGGCCAACAUCGGCGCCUCGUCGCUGGAGCAGUUCCCACGCCUCCGGAAUUUGCAGAAACUUAUUUUAUCGGAUAAUCGGAUCGCCGGUGGGCUCGAAUUCCUCGUCGCGGCUGGACCUGAAUCGUUGCGGGACCUCGAUUUGUCGAAUAACAGGAUUUCAGAUAUUAACGACUUGAGACCGUUGGCCGAGCUGAGGCUGGUCUCAUUGGAUCUCUACGAGUGCCCUGUUACGCGGAUUAAGGACUACCGAUCUCGUGUUUUCGGUUUGAUUAGGUCAUUGAAAUAUUUGGACAAGAUGGAUGCGGAGGAGAAUGAGCGCCCGGAGUCGGAUGAUGAAGACGAUGAUGAUGAGGAGGAGGAGGAUGAUCCCGGCAGUGGAGAGAUAGACGGUGAGGACCACCCGUUUAGGCUGAGCAAUGGGCAGAUAGCGGGCAGCGAUGGGGUUGUGGAUGUUGAUGAAGAUGAGGAGAGCGACGCCGACGAGGAGGAAGCGGAGACGUCAAGGGCGAUCAACGGCUUGAGUCAUGCUGGCAGUUCUCAUAAUCAUACCAAUGGGUUUAGAGUAGAGGUUGUGGAUGGGGAAGAUGAUGAGGAGGAGGGAGAUGAUGAAGAUGAUUCGGCGGAGGAAGUGUUUGAAGAUGACGAAGGUGAUGAUGAGGAUGUGGUGGAAGUCCACGAGAUCGAUGACAGUGAUGAUGGGGAGGAUGGUGUUGAGGACGAGGAUGAAGACGACGAUGAUGAGGACGGGGAGGAGGAAGAAGUCGAUAAUGAUGAUAGGGAUUUGAGGGAGGCCGAGAGUACUGAUAGGCUCACAAGCACGGAGGGGGAAAUUGAUGCACAUGAGCAGGGAGAGGACGAUGCCGAUGAGGAUGAUGAUGGGGAGACGGGAGAGGAAGAGCAGGCAGUUGAGGAGGAUGGGGAGUAUGAGGAUGAAGAAGAGGCUGAGGAUGAGGAAGACGAUUAUGGGUCUGCUGGAUACCUGUUUCAACCAGUUGAGCGGGUGGAAGCAGAAGAUAAUGGUGGUGGUGGAGAAGGUGAAGACCUUGAAUUGGAGGAAGAUGUUGAAGAUGAAGAUGAUGAAGAUGGCGAGGUUCAGGAAUUGCCGGCCGCGUCCUCUUCCCAUAAAAGGAAGAGAAAUGGGGACAGCGACGAUGAUGGGGAUGAUGGUGAGGAGGAAGAAGAAGAAGACAUGGUGCAGCCAUCAUCAAAGCAGCGAUAGAGAUGGAGGGGCCAGCUAUGUUUAUAUGGAAGAAUGGUGGAAAACUUGAACUUAGUAAAAAUGGGGUUUGAAAGAGUCUGUCCCUAGACAAUAUUUUGGAGGGAAAUUAUGUUAUGGCUGGAACUGGACAGCAUGAAAAUGAGUGUUUAAAAAGUGGUUUAUUUCCCGCUUCACUUCAGCAUGUGGUGUUAUGCCUUGAUUCGAAUCCAAGUUCAACUCGCUCCGCAACUCAGUAGUGGCGACGGCAGAAAAGGAAAUACUCAUUUUUUCGACAUAUUUUAGAGGGAAAAUGGAAAAAGAAAAAACAGAAUUGAGAUUGUACAAACGUGAGUGUAUUCUAUUGGAUCAGUUAAAAGAAUUCCGAGGCGGCGUCGUUUUGUGAAAUUUGAUUCCACGUGCAGCAUAUGGGUUGGAUCAAGGUGUUUCAAGGCACUCGAGCUGAGUGGAUCCAUUACCAAUUACCAUGAUGGGCUUUUGCAUAUGUUGCGUCAAUCAGCCCAAGCGUCGCCGUUACCUUUGGUUUUGGCGAUUUUAGGCUGUGUUGUACGCUUUUAUGCACUUGUAAAUAAUGUUGGUGGCGAAGGGACCCACACAAGGCCAUGUUGUGUCUCUUAUCAACUUUCACGUUACUUCCAUCAUUUAUAUUGUUGAUCACUUUUGGAAUAUCUUACCAAAUUUAUGAGUAGCCCCUCUAUAAUGCAAUUUCCAAUUUAUUAUUCA